ACACACACACACCACACACACACACAGCAUCCACUUUUUCUCAGAUCACUUUUUUGGUAAGUAUUAUUUUCUUCACAGAAUCUCCAAAUUUUCUCGAGAAAACACAAUCCUUGUCUUAGCCAGAUCUUUAAAAUUCCCCAAAUUCUUGCCGCACAUAUCGUUGCCACCCCAUACUCUUUCUCUCUUUCUCCCUCCUACUUUAUUAUUGCUGCUGCUGCUGCUGCUGCUAUUCUUUCUCUCCAAAGUCUAUUUUUUUCCCCGUUAAUUAUUUCAAAGACUUUACCUUCCUCUCUCUCUCUCUCUCUCUCUCUCUACUUCCUUUCUCUUCACUUUCUCAAGAUAAUGCAGUUUCGUGAUUUGCAAACCCUAGUUUCCCUUCGCUGAUUAAUGGGGUUUUCUUAGAUUUUCAAGUAACAUCUUAGUUUGCUCGGUUGCUAAGUAGAUUGGGUUACAAAAGAUAUCUUUUCUUUUAUUUUGCUUUUCAAUUUUGAGGCAUUUACUGAAUCAUUUAGAGUGGUCUUUCAGUGAUCUGGGUUUUUUUUUUUUUUGACAAGGAAGAGUCUUAGGUCACUUUAGUUGGUGAAUUUUGACUGCGAACUUGAAAGAAAAAAGGGGGGGGUCUUUUUUUUCUUUCCUUUAUUCGUUUGGUGGAUUAUAAUAUUUGAUUGAGAUUGUUAGAUCAUGGAUCGUGUGAUUGGUGGCAAGUUUAAGCUUGGGCGGAAGAUCGGUAGUGGGUCCUUUGGUGAACUUUAUUUAGGUAUAAAUGUACAGAGUGGAGAGGAAGUGGCUGUUAAGUUGGAAUCUGUGAAAACCAAGCACCCCCAGCUUCAUUAUGAAUCAAAACUAUACAUGCUACUUCAAGGAGGAACGGGUAUUCCUCAUCUCAAAUGGUUUGGUGUUGAGGUUGAUUACAAUGUCAUGGUUAUUGACCUUCUUGGACCAAGUCUUGAAGACUUGUUUAAUUAUUGCAAUCGGAAGUUAUCUUUGAAAACGGUGUUGAUGCUUGCAGAUCAAUUAAUAAAUAGAGUUGAAUAUAUGCACUCACGGGGUUUUCUUCACCGUGACAUCAAGCCUGACAACUUUUUGAUGGGUUUAGGGCGCAAAGCAAAUCAGGUCUACAUUAUUGACUAUGGCCUUGCAAAAAAGUACAGAGAUCUGCAAACACACAAGCAUAUACCAUAUAGGGAAAACAAGAAUCUCACAGGCACGGCUCGCUAUGCUAGUGUUAAUACUCAUCUUGGAGUUGAGCAAAGCAGAAGAGAUGAUCUGGAAUCCCUUGGUUAUGUGCUUAUGUAUUUUUUGAGGGGAAGCCUUCCAUGGCAGGGCUUGAAAGCUGGUAAUAAAAAGCAGAAAUAUGACAAGAUCAGUGAAAAGAAGAUGCUUGUUCCUAUAGAGGUCCUUUGCAAGAACUAUCCUUCAGAAUUUACAUCUUACUUUCAUUAUUGCCGUUCACUGCGGUUUGAAGACAAACCUGAUUAUUCAUACCUGAAGAGACUUUUCCGCGACUUGUUUAUUCGAGAAGGGUAUCAGUUUGAUUAUGUUUUUGACUGGACCAUGUUGAAGUACCCGCAGAUUGGUUCAAGUUCUAGAUCACGACCAAGUGGCAAACCAGCUGUAUACCCAGGGCCAUCUGCAGAAAGAGUGGAACGGCCAUCAGUAGGCCAGGAAGUCCAAGACAGAUUCUCUGGUGGAGUUGAGGCAUUUGCUCGAAGGAAUAGCUCUGGACAUGCUUUGCACGGCGAUCAGUCCAGGCACAGGUCCUCGGAUGAUGCGCCAUCAUCCAAGGAUGUGCAUCCUGAUUCAGAAAGGCCCCGUUCAUCAUCUCGAAAUGGAAGCACUUCAAAGAGGGCUGUCAUGUCAAGCAGCCGGCCAAGCUCUUCUGGCGAGCCUAGUGAGAAUCGGUCAAGCCGGCUGGUCUCAAGCAGUGGUCGCCUGUCAACAACCCAAAGGGUUCAACCUGGGUUUGAGUCAAAAUCAUCUUCUUUUACUCGUGCUUCAGCCACAAGUGGUGGUCGUGGCAAUGCACUUAGGAGCUUUGAACUCCUGUCUAUUGGCACAGGAAAGAGGAAAUAAGCACUGGACCUGUCUGGUACGAAGAUUUACUUGUGCAAGGGGUCAAAAUUCCCUUGUGUAUUUCUAUCAGUGUUGGGACUACAAUGGUGUGUCGCCAGUUACUGUAUAUUCAUACCCACCAUUAGGUUUCCAUCACAGCAAAAGAUCAGGGAAUCCUCGCCUUGGAAGACUGGGACUCGUCUUGUAUCCAUCUCUCUGGAGGAUUGGCAAUACAAAGGCAAGCGGACUCAAUUCUUAAAAGAGAAGAAUCAUUUCAGGGUAGGAAUUGUUCAUAUAUUUGAGAUGCUUUUAGCUCUAAUAAAUACUUGAAUUUUUCUGGAAAAAAAAAUUACAACUUCCGCAAA